UAUCCCCUUUUAUAUAUGCUCUUAGUGUACAAACCCACUACCCAAAACCCACAAACAACACACACGAAAGACUUUAAGAGAGAGAGUGGAGAACCCUAAUUAGGAGGGAUUCUCAUCAAAUAAUAUAUUAAUUAUUGUGGAUAAAUAAGUUAAUUAACUGAUAAAUGGGUCAUCACUCAUGCUGCAACCAGCAGAAGGUGAAGAGAGGGCUUUGGUCGCCGGAGGAAGAUGAGAAGCUCAUUAGGUAUAUCACUACUCAUGGCUAUGGUUGCUGGAGUGAAGUCCCUGAGAAAGCAGGGCUUCAAAGAUGUGGGAAGAGUUGCCGGUUGAGAUGGAUUAAUUAUCUGCGACCUGACAUAAGAAGAGGAAGAUUCACUCCCGAGGAAGAGAAGUUGAUCAUUAGCCUUCAUGGAGUUGUCGGAAACAGGUGGGCUCAUAUCGCAAGUCAUUUACCUGGAAGAACUGACAACGAGAUUAAAAACUAUUGGAAUUCAUGGAUCAAGAAAAAGAUACGAAAGCCUCAUCAUCAUCAUCAUAAUGCUCCUCGGUCAUCAAUAACCACCGCGACCACGGACGCAAGGGCAACUACUUCCGCUUCCCCUUCUUCUCCUAUCACCACGAUGACAUCAAGUGUGGAUUAUCCACAUUUCGAUAAUUUCACGAGUCAUCGUAACCCAUUAAACUUUGCGAAAAAUCAAGAAGUUAUGACCACGAAAACGUCACAUAUCCAAGAAACCCUUUUCUCUCCUCAGCCCCCUCUCUUCAUGGUGGACACAACAACGCUGCCGAUCCUCGAAGGUAUGUUCCUCUCUGAAAACAUCAUCACAAACGGCGACAAGAACAUUAAUGAUCAUGAAACACACGGAGGAACCGACCAUCAAAUUGCAUCGGCAUCCAAUAUUGACUCCUUCAUAUGGAGUCUUAAUCAAACUCAGCCCAUAAUAUUCAAUGAUUCAAGUCUCAAUACUUUACCGCCAUUGGUAGAGGAGAAUAUUGUUGAUAAUAGCAAAAACGUCGUUCAAGAUGGAGAUUUGGAGGUUUUCGAAUGCUUGAAAAGGCAAGAAUUGAGCUAUGUCGAUGAUCAAUGGAUUUGUUCAUCACAGCCAUGCUCGAAUUUUAUCUUUUGGGACAACCUUAACAACAUCAAUGUGGAAGGAUCUUCUCUUGUUGGAGAGGCCGAGCCCUCGAUCACUUUGGCAUCCUCCGCCUUUUCUUCUUCAUUUCCUUCUUCUUUUUUAAGUUAAUUAAUGGUUAUCUAUUCCACAGUAGAGAAAAUAGGUAACAUUGAUAUUUCUUAAUGUUCUUCACACAUCAAAGGGUUUGUUUUUUUUUUCUUUUUUUUGGUA